AUGAGAUUACGACUUCACGUUUGGCAAUGGUUUCUCGGUAACUUGAUCACUGUCAAUGCAGAGCAAAUCUUUGAUAGAUUUAGAUAUCCCGUCCCUGCCAAGGGAAUGGCACUUUCUAAACGUUGUUCAUGUCAUUCUAUUGUUCUGAGCUAUGGUAUUACUCUUGGGCUGUAUCGACUGAUAAUUCACCCCCUUGCCAAAAUCUUGGGUCCCAGGAUAGCAGCAUUGACUUCAUGGUAUGAAAUCUACUACGAUGCCUGGCAAGGUGGACAGUAUUUCGCAAGAUCAGGAAAAUGUAUCAAAAAUACGGUUCGUCACAGCCUUAUACAUAAAUCAGAUACUUGGACUUUGUCUAACGCAGCCAUCAGACCCAACGAGGUACACUUCAAUGACCCAGACUUUGUCGACUUCCUUUACCCUGGCGCAGGCGAGGGUAAAACCUACAGACCCAUCAUCGUGGGCAAGCGAAGUGGAACUUCAGAGUUCAUGACCACCACCGAAGACCACGGCAUGCACCGCAAGCGCCGCAGCAUCAUCAAUCCCUUCUUCUCCGUUUCCAGCGUCCGCAAACUUGAGCCCGUGACCAGGGAACAUACCGAAAAGGUACUGAACCGGAUCGAACAGGCUAGCGGGUCCAUUGAGGUGAGUGUACCGUUCAAGGCAUAUGCGAGCGACACCGUCGUGCAGUAUGCGUUUAGCGACUGCUUCCAUUUCCUCAACAACACCACCGUUGACAUGUUCUUCAGCCUCAACCAUCCCUUUGGGCAUUGGCCCAUCGUCGGGUGGAUGUGGUGGCUCAAGAAGGUCGAAGAGAUUAGGACCUCAAACGAUCCCGAACGUAUUAAGAGCACAAUCUUUGGCGGCGUGCUGAACAGCUCGAUUCCCGACGUAGAAAAGACAAAUCACCGUCUUGCGAGCGAAGCGCAACUCGUUGUUUUCGCCGGCGAAGGGAUCAUGCCGCACACCCUUAGCACCGCGAUGUUCUCGCUCUACACGCACCCAUCUAUCCUCGCUACCGUCAAGGUCGAGCUGUCUUCUAUCCCCAAUCCGCCUUCUUUCGCCCAACUCGACGCGCUACCCUACUCCAACGCCGUGAUCCAGGAGACCAUUCGCCUGCACCCCGGCGUCGUAAACAGGCAGUGGCGCUACUCGUCCGAUCCCGUCGUGUACGGCGAGCAUGUAGUUCCUACAGGCAUCACGUAUAGCAUGAUGCCCACAAUUCUGCACAAAACACCCUCAGUCUUCAAAAGUCCGAAGGAGUUUAGGCCCGAGGGGUGGAUUGAAAACCCUAAGUUGUCGCGCGCAUUUAUUGGGGUUUCGAAAGGGCCGAGAGGGUGUAUUGAUAUCAAUCUCGCAAAAAGAGAGAUUUCCGUCUUACUUGCAGCGUUGCUAGUCAAGUACGAUGUUUACGAGGAAGGAAAGGAGAAGACGGGACCGUCGUUACAUGUGUUUGAUACAUUCAAGGAAAGAGAUAUCGAUACGAAUGGCGAAUUUAUUAUUCCUGCACCGGCGAAAGGGAGUAAGGGAUCGAAGAUGGUGGCGAGGCGUUAG